AUGUCAGGAUCUGAGACAGGAUUAACCGCGGCGAACAGAGAACCAAUCCCAUUCACAAUGGCUCUCCACCACCACCAACACAACCAACCUCCUCCUCCUCCUCCUCCGCAGCAACACUCUCAGAACAUGCAGUUGUCCUUCACCGGCGCCGACAGAACAGCUGUCUACAAGCCCACGAGCUCGGAAUCUUCACCACAGCAGCACUACCAACAGAACUCAGCAGGUGAAUUGAACAUGAACGUGCCUGUGACCGGAAGUGAGCAGCGUGUGAAGAAGAGAAGAGGUAGACCGAGGAGAUACGGACCGGAAAGCGGCGAAGCGUCAAUGGGUUUUGUUCCCGGACCUCCUCCUUACACUGUUAGCCAGCCUAGUGGCGGAGACGGUGGUGGUGGUUCCGGUGGAGGGGGAACGUCGCCUAGUGUUAAGAAGAUGAGAGGAAGACCUCCUGGUUCUAGCAAUAGGCCAAAGCUUCAAGCUUUAGGGUCGACAGGAGUUGGAUUUACGCCUCAUAUUCUCACCGUGAACACUGGAGAGGAUGUAUCAUCAAAGAUAAUGGCGUUUUCUCAAAACGGACCACGAGCUGUGUGUGUCUUGUCUGCAAAUGGAACUAUCUCUAACGUGACUCUUCGCCAGCCCGCUACAUCCGGUGGAACCGUUACAUAUGAGGGGAGGUUUGAGAUUCUGUCGUUAUCGGGGUCGUUCCUUCUGCUAGAGAACAAUGGUCAAAGAAGCAGGACGGGAGGUCUAAGUGUGUCCUUAUCGGCUCCAGAUGGUAAUGUCUUAGGUGGUUGUGUAGCUGGUCUUCUUAUAGCAGCAUCACCUGUUCAGAUUGUUGUUGGGAGUUUCAUACCAGACGGACAAAAUGAACUAUCGAGUCAGGGAUUACCCCGUGUGUCCCCAAGUCAUAUACUGGUGAAUCAGAGUAGCUCGCAGCCUCGUGGCACAGUGAGUGAGUCACAUGGAAGCACUCUUCACCAGAGCACAGGAGGACCUUACAACAACAACCUUUCGAUGCCCUGGAAGUAG